AUGGCAGCCCCGAGCAAAGACGAAGUGUACGCCAAGGUCAAGAAGGGACUUGAAGCAACUCCCUUUGAGCCUUCAGAGCUGACAGAGCUCGCUGGAGGGUCUGUCAACUUCACCUACGAAGCAACACUUGCGAAACCACUUGAAGAUGGGGCUAAGAAGGUCUUCAUCAAACAUGCGGAGCCCUACAUGAAAGUCCGGCCUGAGACUGCCUUGCCUCCCGAUCGCGGGAAUUUCGAGAUGCAGUGCCUGGAGCACAUGUCCGGCAGACAUAUUACUGGGGAUUCGAACCAGACAGACUCUCAUUCCAUUACCAUUCGUACCCCCAAGUACUACAGCUUUAUCGAGGACAGCUCCAGCCAGAUCCUCGAGUAUAUGCCCGAGGGUACGACACUCAAGGAGUUUAUACCCAAGUACUUUGGCCAAGCUACUGAGCCCAAGGAAUCCGAUGCUCAUGAGAUUGGAAAGACCGUGGGCUCUUGGCUCAAGGGGUUCCACCAACUUACCGCCAAUGAUGCGGAAUUGCAUGCCGUUGCUGAAAAGAAUGCGCUAGGGCGGUUCUUUAGGCACAUGGUCACCUUCACUUGGCUCAAGGAUCGCGUCGAGCAAUUCCCUACUGCGCUGGGUGAUGCCAAAGAAAUCUUUCAGGAAGUGGAACAGGCCAUCACUACUGAAUUGAAUGAUACCAGCAAACUUCAAGCGAUCCACGGUGAUUUUUGGACUGGAAAUAUGAUGAUUCCGGACGCCGAGAUACCUAAAGACGGGAGCAAUGUGACCUUGUUUGUCGUGGACUGGGAAAUGGUACAUCUAAAUGUGCCUCAUGUGGACUUUGGCCUCAUGGUUGCUGAAUUCUAUUACUUUUGGCUGUUCAAGUCCAUGCCCGCAGGACGGUGGAUGAUGGAGAGCAUGGUGGAGGCAUACGGUCCGCUGACAGAAGAAUUUGCCUUCCGUACGGCUGUCCAGGUUGGAGCACAUCUGGUUUGUGUCAUCACUGAUUUGAACAGAGUGCCUACGGACCAAUUGGAAAAGGCAGCCGCCACUGGCAAGGAGAUUCUUGUCCAUGCCUGGAAGAAGGACCGGGCAUGGUUUGACAAUAGUGACUUUGCCUGUCUUUUCCGCCAGAUA